AUGUCUUUGAGCCGUGAGGAUUCGGUGUACCUGGCGAAGCUGACGGAGCAAGCGGAGCGCUACGAGGAGAUGGUGGAGAACAUGAAGGCUGUGGCGUCUGCUGGACAAGAACUGUCCGUCGAGGAACGUAACCUGCUGUCUGUCGCUUACAAGAACGUCAUUGGCGGGAGACGUGCCUCGUGGAGAAUUGUGUCGUCGAUUGAGCAGAAGGAGGAGGCCAAGGGGGCCGGGGCUGACACGGACGCAGCAGGGGGCAGACCGCACCAGAGGGAUGUGAUCGCCGCGUACCGUGCCAAGAUCGAACAGGAGUUGACGAAGAUCUCGCAGGAUAUCUUGUCAGUGUUGGACGAACAUCUGAUCCCAUCGGCGACCACAGGGGAGUCUAAAGUGUUUUACUACAAGAUGAAGGGGGACUACCACCGGUACUUGGCUGAGUUCGCCCAGGGCGACGUCAGGGACCGUGCUGGCGGGGACUCCCAGGAGGCGUACCAGAAGGCUUCGGAGAUCGCAGCGACGGAACUGGCUCCAACGCAUCCAAUCCGUCUCGGGCUCGCUUUGAAUUUCUCAGUGUUCUACUACGAGAUACUAAACUCACCAGAUAAAGCCUGCCAUUUGGCGAAACAGGCCUUUGACGACGCAAUCGCAGAACUGGACACUUUGUCAGAGGAAUCCUACAAGGACAGCACGCUCAUCAUGCAGUUGCUGAGAGAUAACCUCACUUUGUGGACCUCAGACAUGGCAGAACAGGGGUCGGCGGAACCCGCACCACCAGCAGAACAGGAACCAGCUGCGCAAUGA